AUGGUAUGUAAAAGAUAUGCUCCUGUGACUACUUCAACCUCUAAUGGGGUGGCGCCUACUCUAGAAACGCAGACUCGAUCGUUCAAACUUCCAACAGCAGCUGAUCUUGUUGCUUCUGCACCUCCUGCUCUUCGACCUUAUUUACAAUUAAUGCGUCUUCACAGUCCAACCGGGUCAUGGCUACUAUAUUGGCCGUGCACCUGGUCGAUUGCCUUGGCUACUCCUGCGGGUCAUCUACCUUCGCUGUACUACCUCAUGUUAUUUGGGGCAGGAUCUGUAUUAAUGCGCGGUGCAGGAUGCGUUAUAAACGAUAUCUGGGACAAAGAUUUUGACAAACGGGUUGAACGCACAAAGUUGCGUCCACUGGCUUGCGGAACCCUAAAUCAUCGUCAAGCAAUCUCGUGUUUAGGAGUCCUCCUUUCAGCUUCUUUUGCUAUAUUGAUGCAGUUCAACUGGUUCAGCGUUGCUGUCGGUGCCUCAUCUUUGUUUCUUGUGGUGGCGUACCCCCUUGCCAAGCGGUUUACUUAUUGGCCGCAGUUUGUUCUAGGUGAGUGUCGCGCAAUCCGAAGUGAGGCCAGUUCCACCAUCAAAUUUCCAGAAAUCCUAAUGACUUGCAGCAGUAAAAUAAGCAUAGAAACAUAUGAAGUAAUAAGAGUUGCAUUUGGAGUAUCUUUUUUCUAAGU